AUGAGGUACUACAGAGACUUUGAUGGUGACUAUUACUACCUUGAGGAAUCUGACCGAAAUGUUUAUGAUGAAAAGGAUCCGACAAAGGAUCCCUCUAAUGAGCCUAUUAGAUCCUCUUAUGGUUUUCUAUCUACUGAUUUGAAAUCCUAUCUUUAUGGGUUGGUCAAAAGGAUUUUGGCUGACAACCAGGUUAGGGAAGAGUAUAUCAUGGAAAAAAUUGACAAUCUAGCCAAAGAAAGUGAAGAAAGUUGGGUAGAGCUGAAGAGUGAUUUGAAGGUUGAGAUAAAGGCUGAGAUACGAGCUUCUGAAGCUCGAGUGACUCCUCAAGUAGAGUCUGUUAGAAUUGUUGUUGACUACCUAGGUAGAACUAAUGUUAUCCUUGAUAUUGGUCCUUUUGAUAUUGAUACAUACACCACUCUUCCCAUUUCAGAUGUCACUAUUGUUGUACCAUCUUCUGAUGAUGCAACUGACAUUCCAUGA